AUGAUGAAUAACUCCUCUGAAUCAACCAUCUCUGACGAGGAGGAUUUCGAAAUGACAGACAUCGAUGACGUCACAAAGAUUGUCACUACUAGUGCAUACGCGAUCAUCUUCCUGUUUUCAUUCCUGGGAAAUUCGCUCGUCAUCCACAUUGUGCGCACACGUGUGAGCAUCCGUCGCAACCCUUUCAACUGGCUUUUGGUAAACACUGCUGUAGCUGAUCUCUUGAAUGUGACAACUGCCUCUGCCCUCACGGUGCCAGUCAUCUUGUGUGAAAACCGAUGGAUAUCAGGCGUAAUAGGUACGAUCCUGUGCAAGUUGACAGUGUAUAUGUUGCCGGUUUCCAUCUGUGUUUCAAUCUGGAGCCUUGCCAUCAUUGCUAUUGAUCGAUAUCUGGCUAUUGUGUGCGCCAUUUGGAAGAGGAAGAGAGAGCCACUAUCGCACAGGUCAGUGAAAAAGUCCAUCGUUGCCGUGUGGGUAUUCGCAGGCUUGAUAUUUAGUGAGGAGCUUUACAAGUACACAGUAUACGAGGUGGAGGGGGAAGCCGCUGAAUGCCACGGGCGGUGGCACAAUAUGGAGCCUGAACUUUCGGAUACUCUUCAUCGAGCUGAAAUGAUUGUCAGAGUAGUCAUAACCUAUGCUGUCCCGCUCCUCGUUAUAUCAGUCCUUUACUCACUGAUAGCCAAGUUCCUCUGGACACACAAGCCACCGGGAAAUGCCACAUUGCAGGUGCAUAUCAAGCGAACAAGAAGACACCGUGCGGUUAUCAAGAUGCUGGUCACAGCUGUUGUCGUUUUCGCCAUUUGCUGGCUUCCCGUUCAUAUCGCCCACAUCAUGGAAUAUUUUUACUCUGAUAUUUACGACAUGAUUCCCUUCGGUACCCUGGUAAUGAUGUACUGGCUGGCGCAUGCUAAUGCUGCAAUCCAUCCCUGGUUGUUCAUUUACUUUGGCGAGAAUUUACGAAUGGAGACGAAAGGAAUAUUCCAGCAUCUCAGCAGCAGAAAAACCAACGUUUUUGAACAGUUCAGACAACAAACAUUUUCCCUACCAACGCUGUCUACUGAUCCAGAUCCGGUUCGCAGAGCCAACAGAACAAAACGCGAUUCAUUCAUCGCUAUAUACGCCGUUUGA